AUGCCGCUCUCUUCAGACCCAGCCAACCACUACCAGACUCUUGAAGUCCCGCCUGGUUGCACUGAAAAGGAGAUCAAUGCUUCCUUCAGAAGGUUGGUCCUCUUGCACCAUCCCGACAAGACAGGCGGCGAUAUUGCCUCUCUCGAUAUCUUCUACCAGAUUCAGGAAGCGGGAUACAUUCUCCGCAACCGUAAGCGCCGCCGCUGCUAUGAUGAGUCCUUGCAAGUUUACCCUGCCUAUCGUGGAAAUGGAGAACGAUACCAUUCCUCUGACAAUCCGCAGAAUUGGGAUGGAUGUCCUCCGCAGGAAGACUAUCAGCCCUGGAAUUCUCCCGACUCCAAUGAAGGUCAUAAGUACAGCUUCGGCACUGACAUUCACAUGGACGAAGAUUCUGACUGGAACGAGAUGGACGAGUGGGUAAAGAGGACUGCCGGUAUCGAUCCCGAGGUCGAAAAGGCAACGGAGGAAUUCCGCAGACAGGCCACGGAAACCCACAUGGCGGCAGACCAGGAACCGAUACUGGGUGAGAUUUCAGGUUCAGAUACCGAUGAAAACGCGAUCGGGCAUGGCUAUAUUGACUCCGACGUGCAAGAAGCAGAGGAACGGCUUCACGCACAUGCCGCGCAGGGUGGGAAGUCAGCAGGGGAUGUGGAUUCCAUGUUCCAAAAUACUGAUGACGAAUCUUCUGAAGAUUCAUGCAAUACCGGGAAGAUAAAGUAUGACAAAGACAACAUUUGGAACAUGGAGUAUGAGAAACACUGGCCUGGUGUUGAAACCGAGGCACGUUCAGCUAUUGGCUCGGGCCACCUUAUCGAUCUUACUGGCGAUGAACAAGCAUAUGAACCUCGCUCCUGCUUCCCCCAAUGCAACGAAGCCGAUGACUCUGGUUAUUCCGAGGCCGGCUUAGACAUUGACAUGGUGACCGACAUUCCGAGCCUCCUGAUCGAUCUGAGCGAUGAAGAACAGGAGUAUGAAGCUAGGUCCAACCCUCCCAAAGGGAAAAAAGCUCACGUGCCUAUCGAUUCCGAUGCUGCUACCGAGAAAGAAGAUCCUCACUUUACAGAGAUGUCUGACCAUAGUGCAAACGAUCAAACUUCAGACGUGCUGGAGCCGUACAUUCCUUUCUUCGCCAUGAAACUAAGGGAAUCUGGCACCUGCUACACUGUCGAGGAUAUGCAUCUAGAGAUGCGAGGUGUUUUCCAAGAGUUUUUUGGUCAUCAAGUUGAAGAUGUCCGACUUCCCGCAAAAAUCGUCCAGCCAGACCUAGAGAAAAGUACACUGCACUGCUCACACCGGGGAACCUGGAGCAGAUCCUUUGGAUAUUCCGAGUGUGAAGUUUGUCACCUCUGGAUGCAGGUCUCUACCUUGACCUGCCCAUCCUGUGGUACAAAAGCAUGUGUUCGCUGCAAGUAUGCGCAUGACGAAUGA